GAAGCAAAAGCGGCGCCAAAGUGCAUUAAUUCCGCAGUGUAGAUGCACCGUUCUUCUUUCCAAUUCUUCUUUGUUCAAGGUUUUUGCUGCGACGAUAUGAGACGUCUGGUGCUGGCGUUAAUCCUGUGGGAGAGCGCGUGUCCCAUCAUCCUCAGCAGCCUCCUCAACUUCAAGGUGAUGAUCGAGCGGCUGACCCACAAGAACGCCCUCAUCUACUUCAGCGGAUACGGGUGCUACUGCGGGAAAGGGGGCCACGGGAAGCCCCGGGACAAGACCGACCAGUGCUGCUACUUGCACGACUGCUGCUACGAGGACUUGCACGCCCGCGACUGCCACCCUUACAGCGAUCACUACCGAUACCUGAUCGUCAAUAAUGACAUCUUCUGCCAGUACCGGAACAACAGCCCGUGCUCCCGCCUGGCCUGCGAAUGUGACCGGAACGCCUCGGUCUGUUUCAAAAGGGAGGCCAAAUCCUACAGUAAGAAGCUGCUCCACUACCCGGGGCUUCUGUGCAAAGAGGCCUCUCCCAAAUGUCCGACCCAGAAAACAAACAAAGGCGAAGAGAAAGGAAAACAAACCAAUAGCAAGCAUCCGAAACGAAGGAAGGCCACAUUGUCAGAAGGCACGGGCGUCGUUUUGCAAAGUCGAGACUCUCCAGAGAACAGAAAGAUGAAGCUCCACUGGGGACUGAUGGCGCUGGUGGUUUGCGGUGUUUUGGAGAUCGAAGGGAGCAUUUUGGAGUUUGGGCAAAUGGUCAAGGAAAUGACCAACAAAAUCGCUUUAUUCGAGUACACCAGUUACGGCUGCCAUUGUGGACUAGGAGGGAGAGGGCAGCCACGAGAUGCCACGGACAGGUGCUGCUUCACCCAUGACUGCUGCUACGGCAAACUGAAAGAUUGCAAGACCACGACAGACAAGUACAAAUAUACCAUCAAGGACGGAGUCAUCACCUGCGGUGAAGGAACUUCGUGUGAAAAGCAGAUCUGCGAAUGUGACAAAGCCGCCGCUCUUUGCUUCAAAGACAACCUCAAAACUUAUGACGAAAAAUACCGCUUUUAUUUGGACACUCAGUGCAAUGAAAAGCCACCAUCCUGCUGAAAAGCCUUCCCAAAGAACACUUCCUUGAAAAUAAUAAUAUUAAUAAAUAUUAAAAUAAAACAAA